AUGACACAAAAUGGAGUCUCCCAAGGGCAGCCGCGACGAUCCGUUGAAGUCAGUCGGGCUUCUCAGGAUGUCCAAGACGACUACGCGCACGCAAGAAUUGACGAGAAGACGGAGACGGUAAAGCCAGAAACUUAUGCAUCUUCCAAGGUCGAUCCAGAGGCCAGUAGGGGCUCACUCGAGGAUGUGGUGGUUGAGAAGGACGAAAGAACACUCUCUUCUUCCUCCCCAUGUCUUGCUACCGUCGCUAUCAACACCAAUCCUGCGAACGAUACGUUCAUGGUCAGCAAUUCUCCUCUGAAAUUCAUCCAACAGAAAUCGAGACUCACAGGUCGACAAUCCUUCAUCUCUGUCUCACAGAACGAACUCCGCAACAGCCUUCUCCCAUUGAUUGGGUAUCUCGAACUUGCAAAUGCAGGCGACUUUGCCGCCAACGUCUUCAACACGAUUCCCGUGCCCACCUUCGCCGCAGCUCUGAUGGGAGUCGGAGGCUGUGUUGCUCUGUGUUUUUCUGUCGUCGCCAUCUGGGAUGCGCGGUUGAGCGCCCGGAACAUCAAGGUCCUCAAACGAGAACGAAGGGCUCUGUUGUCCCUGCGUCGUCUUAUCCAGCGGAUUCUCACCACCCAAUUAGCUCCGUCAUCAUCACAACACCCUUCUUCUGCCAGCAACAACGACGACGACGACGACGAAAAGUCCUCCCCGCGACCAUCGAUCCCGUCCGACAAUCUCGCCGUGUCGGUCUACCUCGAUGUCAACACGUUUGAAACCAGGACUGAACUGGUCGACCGACUAUUGAUGGAUGUCACGAUGGGAUUUGGCGCCCUCCUCGUCGGAGUCGGCACGCUAAUGGCCAUUGGCGGCGCCAACCCCAGAGUGUUCCGCGCCUCCAAUCUACUGUCUGGGUACAUUGGCAACGGGCCGGCAGCGUUGUACGGCCUGCUACGCACAAUCUGGUCGACGUACGUCUACAUUCGAACAACGCGACAUCAGCGCGCGGUCCGACGCAAAGUCACCGUGACCCUCACACCGGAGGUAGGCACAGCUCUCGACCAACGGUACGCCUGGGUCAAGCUUUACGCAUUUCUAUCCGGUCCGACGAGUUUAGUCGCUGGUGCGGCAUCCCUGGUCACGGCGACGAGGUGGUGGGGUUACACCAUGCUCGCACCUUGUAUUGUUCUCUCGUGGGUGUGUAACACCAUGUACAGGACGCGGAUCGGCUACACGAGGCCUAUUUUGGCAAUUCCUGCUUUGGGGGACGAGGAAGGUGCACCGUCAUGCUACAGAAGAACACGACAGUCCGAUGCUGCGGUUGACGGUCUGGGACUGUCCAAGAUGAACGAGCAAAUGCUGUCGAACGAAUUGAACGAAGUCGUGACGAUGAGGAAGAGUUUCGAGUUUGCGAAGAAGCACGCAAAGGCGGCCAGCAAGAAGAACACCGGGAACAGAACCACGGGAACAAGAACAAGCACAAGUACGAUCCCGGCCGAGGGCAAUGCGACACGCACGGCAGUGUCGGCGGCGGUACCUAGUGUCGCUGCGUCACCGUCGAGCGAGCUCACCUUCAAGAUUCUCACAAAGCUGAAUCUCGUCGAACCGUUGUUUCUCGGCCAUGUCAACAACCUUUUAUCGAUGUCACCAGUCUCUCCCUCUUCCGGUUCUUCUUCACCGGGUACCGGCGAUGAAGAGAGACGGGCACGAACGGCACUCGUCGGCUUCCUCGGCGCCGCAGCGUCGUCGUCUGUCGACUCGACGUUGAUCACCGAGUCUAGAAUAUCACCAUCACCGUCACCGUUGCAACCUCGAUCGCCUCCAUUUCUCGAGCGUGAACCAGAGCCAGGGACGACUUUAAAUUCACGAUCCGCCACCGCCACCGCCACCGUCAAGACCAAAGCCAACAAUCUCAGCAACAACAACAACAACAGCAGCAGCAGCAGCAGCAGCAGCAGCGGCAGCAGCGGCAGCAGCGGCAGCAACGACGGCGACCAUAAAGAAGACGAAAAUAUUAUUACCCCUCCCGGCGGCACAAGUACAAGUACAGACCUCGACACCGGCACGAUCACGAUCCACGACCCUCAUUCUCUUCUGGCGAGCACUCUACUUUUCCAGGGUUCCCAAUGGCCCCAAAAUCCUCGAGAUCAACACCACCACCAAACACAAGAAUUUCUCAACCUCGCCAAUUCGACCAUAACAACCCACGGCCUCGUCUUUGCAAAGUACCGCGAACGCUACACGAUAGAGUUCCUGGGUAGUCUACUUCACCGUCAAUGA